GAACUUCAUUUCCUUUUUGAGUUUACAGGCGAGCUGAAUGGGUAAUGUGCAUUUAGCUUUAAAACUCGCAACCAAACAACUAUUUUAAGCUACCAAAGAGCUAGUGUCAGUCAUGUUUGAUGGCCCAGGGGGUUUUGAGGUGGAGGAGGAUGAUGAGUGCUGGGCACGACUGGAAGACUACAGAAUGCUUCUCAUCAAGACCAUUGAGCCCUCAAGGAUAACACCUUAUCUGAGACAAUGCAAAGUGCUGAGCAGUGAGGAUGAAGAACAGAUCUACAACGACCCCAGCCUGGUUAUCAGACGUAGAAAAGUUGGAGUGCUGCUGGACAUAUUACAAAGAACUGGCCUCAAAGGACAUGUGGCAUUUCUAGAGAGUUUGGAGCUAGAUUACCCAGAUGUCUACCGCAAAAUUACCGGCAAAGAGCCUGCUAGGGUCUUCUCUGUACUUAUUGACACAGCCGGUGAAUGUGGCCUCACUCAGUUCCUCAUGAGCGAGGUCUCUCGCCUACAGAAGCUGGCACAGGACGAACGGAGGAAGCGACUCGAAGUGUCUGCGCAGGCGGCGGAGCAGCUCGACACCAUCCGCCAGCUGCAGCUGUGUGAGAGCGAGCUGCACAAACAGCAAGACCGCGUGCAGCGCAUCCGAGAGGAGCGAGAGCGCAUGUGCGAGGAGGCGCGGAAACUGAGAGACGAGAAUUACCGCUUGAUGCACGAUCUGACCCGACUAAGCGAGGACAAGAACUGCGCACUCAUGUGCAACAGAGACCUGCAGCUCGAGAUUGAGAAAUUGAAACACUGCUUAAUGAAUGCAGAAAGUGACUCAAAGAUCCAACGGAAAAAAACGAUAACCUUGAAGAAUGCCAUGGAGCAGAGGCCAAGUCCUGAACUGAUCUGGCAGAUGCAGAGAGAAAAUGACCUCCUUACAGCUCACAUACAAGAGCUCGAAAGCGCUUCCAAGGUCCAAACUCUGAAGCAUGAAAAACUUGAUUCGCAGUCAUUAGAGGAAUUCAAGCAACAAAGUCAGGCACAAUACCAGGAGCUGGUGAAUGAUCUCUACAAUCUAAAGAGAGACCUGCAUGACGCAGAAGAGCUGCGUGAUAAGUAUCGAGAGGACAAGGAUGAGUUAGAACUGAAGUGCAUAAUGCUAAAAAAGGACUCCAAAAUGUACCGUGACCGAAUGGAAGACAUUCUGAAACAGCUGGAAGAAGUCAUCAAAGAAAGAGACAAGGCCAUUUGUACGAGAGAAGAGUACCAUUUGGAGAACUCCAAAAAUCUCCAAGACAAAGACCUGUAUCGCAAACAGAUCCGGGAGAUGGGAGAGCGUUUUGAUGAACUUCAAGUCCAACUGUUUCGAACUCAAGGAGAAGUUCUUGCUCUUCAGUCAAAGAUUCGCAAACAGAAAAACCCAAUCCAAGUGAAUUCAGAAGAAAGCUCCUUGCUGAGUUCAUUCGAGUCAUCAACAGGGUUGCUUGCAUUUUGUCCACAGAUGAAAAGUCAGACUAGUGAGGAAGAGUCCAGGGAAAGGGGUGAAAAGGAUAUGAGUGAAGAGUCACAGAGCCAGACAUCUGGAGAGUACAAUGUAGGUAUGUUUCUUGUGGAAUGCAUUCAUAUAGUGAUAAUGGCUUCAUUUUUUGUGCAUAUUUCAUGUUUGCAGUGUUCUGAGAGGAUGUUCUCUGAGGAGGACAUAUCAGCUAAUUGCAAACUUAAAGGAAAAUGCAACUUUCAUUAUAGGAGGAAACGUGCUUUGAGAACCAAAAAAUUCACAGACAAAGAGAGUGUGCAGAGCAUACUGGACAACACUACUGGGAGUGACACAGACGGGAUGUGACAUACAGCUUUGGACAAGGAUACAAAUUCUGGCCUUCUUGGAAGGCAUAUUAAAAUUCAAUUUAAUAACAAUCCAACAUUGUUCUGCACCCAGUGACGCAUAAAACUGGAUUAACAUCAUAUCAGUACCAUAGUGUUCACUGUCAAAGUAUGUCCACUCAAUCACUUGUAUUGAGUCUUAUCUAUUAAUAUAUAAUAAAUAUGAAAUGUGAUUUUAUGUAAAUCUUGUUCUCAUGGGAAAAAUUGUGAAAGCUUUGAAGGUAUGUGCAGUUUGAUUUAAAAAUUAACAUAUUCAAAAAAUAUUCACUGAACUUAAAAGUCUGAUAGUUAUCUCAUGUUUCUCAUUUAAGCUCAUGAAUUAUACUAUAUGAACUGAUGUGAAUGCGAUCAUUUUUCUAUAAACUUUUUUGUGAAAUUAUAAUAAUUAUAACAGUUUUUUUUAAUCAAGGGCAAAACAAUAAAACUAAAAAAUGUUU